ACCAGAAACAAGUCACGCCUCCGCAAAGCAAAGGCCCCUCAUCAUAAAUGGUUUCUGAACAAGGUUGCUCGCCUUGAUGUGAGACAGAAGGUGUUACACCUUGGAUCCUACUUCAAGGUAGAAAUUAAUAGCUACCUUAACCAUUUUUAGAGAUUAUGUUUGUUCUUUAACUUACCAAGUCACUUCAUCCACCAUGUCACAGGAUCGUACUGCUAAUAUCCCUUUAUUAGCAGCAUCGACAACUCCAACAACGCCACCAGACGCAGCAGCCUCAAAUCAUGUGAUUGACAUCCCUCUCCAAGAACGCGUACGGCUUCUGAAAGAGGUUGCUUGCAUUGUGAGAGAGAAGAACUUGAAUGCACUGCGAGCACGCGGUGGUGUUGAUGGUGUUUCAACACUUCUCAGGUCUCACUCUGAGGAUCAUGCUGAUGAUGGUGGUCCAGUUCCACAACUAGCAUACAAGGGUACCAAACCUGUUUUCUUUCACUUUUUCCUGAAGGCUUGCAAUCAGUACACAAUCUUUUUCCUCUUCGUCUCAGCUGGUUUGCAAUUCGCUAUUGAAUUCCUGAAGCAAGGUGUCAAACAAGGGUGGCAUGACGGUUUUGCCAUACUUGUUACUGUGUUCCUACUCGUUGCUUUCCCCUCAAUUGGAAACUAUCGCAACGAAAAGAAGAUGGUGAAGCAGUUGAUGGAGAGGAACAAAUUCCUGGUGGAUGUUGAAAGAAAUGGACAAUCUAGAGCGGUUAUGAUAUCUCAUGUUUCCGUGGGUGAUAUAGUUCAUUUGAGGAAGGGAGAUCAUGCUCCUGCUGAUGGCUUGUUCAUAGAUCAUGCUCCUGCUGAUGGUGUGAAGCUGGUCAUGGAUGAGGUAUUGAGCCCCACAGUUGAUUUUGAGAAGAACCCAUUUGUGUUGUCUGGUUCAAAAGUUAUUGAGGGCCAGGGUCGAAUGAUUGUGACAUCUGUUGGUGUCAAUACAGCUUUUGCAGAGAUGCUGAGUUUGGUGACUGAGGAUCAUAAUCCAAAUAGAAAGACUUUGUUACAAGCUUUGAUGGACAAACCAUAUACUUAUAUAGAGUAUCUUGCGUGUUGUGUUUCUAUUCUGAUUGCUGUUGUGGUGCUAAUACGGUUACUAGUAUUCAGGAAGCAUGACAACUACAAUGACAGGCCAGACAUGAAAGGGGAAGUUUCAAUCAACCUGCUGAUGAAGACAUUCGAGAAAAUUUACUUGAAAACACAAGGAACGGUCUCCACUUUAGUGAGUGUUCUUGCAACUGUGGUGAUAGGGAUACAACAUGGAAUGCCAUUUGUGAUUUCUCUAGCACUUAGUCAAUGGAGGGAGAAGGUGGUCCAAAACCGUGCAGAUCCUCAGAAUCUAUCAGCUUGUGUCACCAUGGGCCUCAUAACAGUCAUCUGCAUCGAAACAACCAGUGAGAAAAGGUGUAACCAGAUGGAGGUUAUGGAUUUUUGGAUAGGUGGAAAGGAUUUAAGCAACGAAGUGGAGUCCGAUCAAACCGAACAAUUUGCUCUCAAAGGACUACAUCAAGAGAUUCCUGUUACCCCAGCAAAUGAAUUGUUCAUUUCUUCGAUCAACACAAGAUGGGGUACUAGUUCUACUGACUUGGAGUCACUGGAUCAGACAUUCAUAACUCUGGAAGAGCGAAAAUUGAGUUCUAGUCAGAAAUGUAGUGGCAUCUUGGUGAGGAAAAACGAGGGCAGUGCACAAGAUAUGCAGCUGCAUAUGAAUGGAGAUGCAUCAACAAUCUUAGACAUGUGUUCACAUUAUAAUGAUAAGACUGGGAAAAGUCCUAUUAUCGAGAUUCAGAAGAGAAGCUUUAAGCAGAUCAUUAAGAAAAUGGAGGAGAAGGGUCUUAGACCGAUUGCAUAUGCUUACAAGAAAACAAAUGUGGAAGAAUUUACAGAACAUGGGAUGAUAUUGUUGGCACUGGUGGGAGUCAGAUGCCCAUAUCAAGAAGAGCUUAAGAUUGCAGUGGAAGCUUUUCGAGAUGCUGGAAUAAAUAUCAAGCUGGUUUCUGAGGAUGAGCUCUCGAUAGCGACUGCGCAAGCUUCUGAUCUUGGAAUCUUUAAUCAGGGUGAUGAGAACAUUGCAGGUGAAGCUUUCAGAAGACUGGACUCCAUGGAAAGACUAAAUAAGGUGAAUUUGAUAUCUGUGAUGGGAAGUUCUCUCCCAAAAGACAAGCUUCUGAUGGUGGAGCGGUUAAAGAAAAACGGUCACAUAGUAGCAUUCUAUGGAGGGCUAACUGUAAACGAUACCCCGACUUUGAAAGAAGCUGAUGUCGGAAUCACACAAGAUAUAUGGAGCACUGAAAUGGCCAGAGACAAUGCUGAUAUUGUAGUUAAGGAUGGCUGCUUAUGGUUCCUUAACUUGAAGUCUGCGAGAUGUGCUUACUACAAUAUUCAGAACUUCUGUCAAAUUCAGCUCACAGCAAGCAUAUCCGGGUUGCUAGUAACGUUAGUAGCAACAACGCACUCAGGGGACUCUCCAUUGACUGCAAUUCACUUGAUUUGGGUGAACUUGAUAAUGAACCUUCCAGGUGGCCUAAUGAUGGUAAUGGGGUUAAAAGGCGAGGAGCUACUUGCUCAAGAACCGGCGCCAAGGACUCAACCACUCAUAACCAAUGCCAUCUGGAUGCCAAGGACUCAACCACUUAUAACCAAUGCCAUCUGGAGAACCAUAGCCAUUCAAGUUUCAUACCAGGCUACCAUCUUGCUGGUCUUGCAUUUCAUGGGAAAUUUAAUACCGAGCAUGAACCAAGGCGUCCAGGGUACCAUGGUUUUCAACAUUUACACCUUGUGUCAGGUCCUUAAUCUGUUCAGGGUCAUGGACAUAGUGAACAAGGAAGUGCUAAAUGUUGUUCUUCACAGCUAUUGGUUUUUGAUGGCCGUGGGAGUUGUUAUGGUCAUGCAGGUGGUGAUUGUUGAGUUUGGGAAAGGAUUAGCCAGUGGUGUGAGGUUGGAUGCAGUACAGUGGGCAUCCUGCUUCCUUCUUGCUGCUCUUCCAUGGGGGUUUGAUUGGGCCGUAAACUCGCAACUUGCUUGCUUCCGAAGAGAAAAUUGGGCAUUGUGGCGUUCACCUAUGGGAGCCUCAAGCAGAGGUAGAUUCUGCAUUUGUGCCUCCUUGUUCCUCAUCUUCUCUGUAUCAUAUUGUUUCGAAGAUAAUGCAUAG